GCAGCAGCGGCAGACUAGUGGAAGAGUAUCCAGGAAUGAGGAUGCCGUAGAUAUGCUGCCGCAAUCUAUUGAUGAUGAUGAGUUAAUGAGGCAUUCACAUAUGAAGUACGAGCUUAGAGAUUCACCUGGUCUUGUUCCUAUUGGGUUCUACAGCUUACAACAUUAUCUUUCAAUAUUGGGUUCAUUGGUGCUCAUUCCACUUGUGGUAGUUCCGGCAAUGGGCGGCACCUAUGAGGAUACAUCAAAUGUCGUCUCCACUGUGCUUUUUGUGUCUGGAGUGUCAACACUUUUGCAUACGUUUUUCGGCUCAAGGCUGCCCCUAAUACAAGGUCCUUCAUUUGUUUACCUUGCACCUGCACUUGCAAUAAUCAACUCCCGCGAGUUCUUAAAAUUAAAUGGAAAUAAUUUCAAUCAUAUCAUGAAAGAGUUACAGGGAGCCAUAAUAAUUGCUUCAGCUUUUCAAGCAAUAGUGGGCUACAGUGGGCUUAUGAUGAUAUUUUUAAAGUGGAUUAAUCCAGUGGUUGUUGCUCCUACUAUUGCUGCUAUCGGGCUAUCUUUUUACAGUUAUGGGUUUCCCCGAGUUGGUGCCUGUCUUGAAGUUGGUGUAGUGCAGAUCUUACUGGUUGUUAUUUUUUCUCUUUACCUUCGAAAGGUUGCUAUUUUGGGUCAUCGUGUAUUCCUAAUUUAUGCUGUUCCAUUGGGUCUAGCUAUAACUUGGACUGUAGCUUAUCUCCUGACUGAAAUGGGAACCUAUAGCUACAAAGGUUGUGAUGUUAAUGUACCAGCUUCAAAACUGAUAUCCGAUCACUGCAGAAAACACGUUUCUAAGAUGAAGAGCUGCCGAGUUGAUACUUCCCAUGCAUUAAGAUCUUCCCCCUGGUUUAGAUUUCCAUAUCCUUUACAGUGGGGGAUUCCCGUCUUCCAUGGGAAAAUGGCUCUUGUAAUGUGUGUGGUCUCUAUAAUAUCGUCAGUUGAUUCUGUUGGUUCAUAUCAUGCAUCGUCAUUGUUGGUGGCAUCUAGACCUCCUACACCUGGUGUUUUGAGCCGAGGGAUUGGUCUUGAAGGUCUUACUAGCCUCUUGGCUGGUCUGUGGGGCACAGGAACUGGAGCCACGACUUUGACUGAGAAUGUGCACACUAUUGCAGUCACCAAGAUGGGGAGCCGCAUAACAGUUUCACUGGGAGCAGUUGCUCUAGUUAUCUUAUCCCUUGUAGGCAAAGUUGGAGGAUUCAUUGCUUCAAUUCCUGAAGUGAUAGUUGCAGCUCUAUUGUGCUACAUGUGGGCGAUGCUUACGGCAUUGGGACUGUCAAACUUACGCUACAGCGAGGCAGGAAGUUCAAGAAACAUAAUCAUAGUUGGGUUAUCAUUGUUUUUCUCCCUCUCAAUACCAGCCUACUUCCAACAGUAUGGCAUCUCUCCAAACAGAAAUCUGUCUGUUCCUAGUUACUUUCAUCCGUACAUUGUUGCUUCGCACGGUCCCAUCCACACCAAAUAUGGAGGGCUAAACUAUAUAUUGAACACGCUGUUUUCGCUACACAUGGUGAUUGCCUUUCUAGUGGCGGUGAUCCUAGACAAUACAGUGCCAGGAAGCAGCCAGGAACGUGGGGUGUACACAUGGUCCGAAUCAGAGGCUGCUAGAAGGGAACCUGCUGUCACUAAAGAUUACGAAUUGCCUUUCAGAGUUAGGAAACUUUUCAGAUGGGUAAAAUGGGUCGGGCUUUAGCCUGCACCAGCAACAGGCUAUUUUCACCUGAUGCCCGGUUCUUGGGAAUGUAGGUCACCCUAUAGAGGAGUUGUAAGUUCAUUUGUAUACUGAAGUAGUAUCUGAGCCUCUGAGGCGUGUAUUUGUAAUGAAUAAUACAUAUAUACUUCGUAUAUUGUAAAAUAUAUUGUAUGUAGUUAAGAAAAAAGAACCCUUCAGGAAAAAAAUGGAAAUUUUGUUGGACUUCUGUUGGUUAAGUGUGCCAAACC